CUGAUCAAACCUUUUUUUAAGGUUGUGGACCGUAAUCUGUUUGUCUGCGCUCUUUUUUCAACUCUGCCUGAUUUAGCUGAACUCGCAAGAGCUGUCAUUUGUGGAUAUGCCACAAUAUCUCAAAACGAUAACCUUUAUGCUCUUGCUACAGCAUGGGGUUUCUAUCAAGUGGAAAUAAUGGCCACGCUACCAGUAUGGUUGCACUUGCUUAUCAAUGUUGAGUUGCGGCGAAAUGUUUGGGCCAGCUUUAGAAGAAACAACAUUGAAUCCCGAGGGACAGGAGCAGCUCGAUGUAACACUCUUUGUGCAUCUUGA